AUGGCAAGCAUUGAUGCCCUAUCAUGUAUCCUUCCAGCCUACGCUCCUGAAAGUUUCAGGCGAUUCAACCUCUCCGCGCCAAAGCAGGUUCAAAGGGCGCUGUAUUUCAUCGACCGCCGCUUUACACACAUAGUCAUUAAGUCGUCUCAACAGGGAGUUGACUUGAACGUGCUUGGCGAGCGCUCAAUGCGUGAAGUCGCCGAGAACAAGGAAUGGCUGAAGAAUGCCAUGGAUGUCGCUCGCGCAAAUCAAGAUUGCCCUUACAAGUUCGGUCCUGUGACCGUUGCCAUGUACCACGUUGACGGCAAUUUCCACGCGCCCAACUUCCAUCCUUCCAACCCUGCAAUGUAUUUAUUUCCCAAGCAGAUGUGUAGGAUUCCUCCCAUGAAUGGAGAAACAGGACCUCGGUGGUGGGAUGAGCCACCAUUCCCGCCUUGCGACGAAGUUCACGUAGUAGCUGCUCUAGCGGCCUUGAAAUACAGCAAAAACUCGCACCAUUCGCCUGCUUUGGUACCAGUGGCGACGGCGCCACCCGCAAACGUCUCCCAAGGUGUCAGCGACGUGGACGCUCGGGCGCCCUCAGCACCGCUUCCACCAUCCGUACCACGCGAUGAGACCCCCGCCGAGCCACUGGCCCCUUCCACCCUGGAUGAUCACUUGUCGGCGUCGGUUCAAGUUGAAGCUGACAAUCACGAGGCAUCGGAAACAUCUCCGAUGGAGGAAACCGCUCCAAACGCUCCCGUGGCUGUUCAUCAAGAAGACUCCAUCAUGAAGGACGUGUCGGAGGAUGAAGACAUACAGCGUCGUACGCGAAGCCGGACCAAGGCUAGGCAAGAUGACGACGUCAACGAUGACGACGCCAGCAAUGUCGCAGCAGAGUCUGACCCGCCCACGCCCAAACCGAAGGGAAGAGGGCGAAAGAAAAAACCGAGGACAGAGCCCCCCCUCGCGUCGCCUGACGACAAAUCCUCUGAGCCCGUGACGAAACGACGCCGAAGAGGUCCGGGCGCUGGUGGCAUUACAGCUGCGGCCAACCCGUCUGGGUCUAGCAAGGCGCCUGCAUCCAGUAAGGACGCUGGAUCCGCGAAACCGGCGUCCAAGGCUCCUAGCGCCGCAACAGCCACGGUGGUUGUCCCUGCUGGUAGUGGAGCAUCAGCCACUGGCAAGGCCGCCGUUGUAGCGGCAGCCGAUCCACCCCAGGCCCUAGAUGGCUCGGACGAUCAAAAGCAGCCAAGUAUGAAAGCGUCGCUCCAAAGCCUCUUGGAGCUUUGGAACAACACGAUGCAAACAAUGGAAGAGGCCACAACUAAAAGGCACGGAGAAGUGAAUGCAAAGCUCGACGUCCAUAACUCGGCGCUCAAAGACAUGGCGCGCGCUGUGCGCGGACUGCAGACCGACUUCCGCGUCAUCAUGGAGCGCAUGAACCUGCCGAUAUCUGAGGAUUCUCGCACGCUCAUUGUUCCCGAAGUCAUCUAUGUAAUGCGGCAUUCGCUGGGCGUGAAAUCUGACUAUCGGACGAUAGGAUGGAUAUAUGUCUGGGCGCCGUCUAUGCAAGACAGGCCACCGAUUUUCCCUGGUUGA